UCUCCCUCUAAAACAUACCAAAUUCAUCAUUAUUUAAGAUAAAAAAUUACUAAGUUUACCAAAAUUAAUUGUCAUAUUCCAUAAGAAGAUUGUCUUUAAGUUUUGGACAAUCUUACAACACAACCCCUAUAUAUAUAUAUUCUAAACAACUUGGAGUAUUAAUCCUAAAUACAUUAUAUAAUCAUCAAUUUAUCCUCGAGUCAAAGAAAUAACUAGUUCAAAGUCCAAUUUCUUCAUUUGAAUUUCAAUUGACAUAUCUUUCAAUUCAGUCAAUUUCUGUAAAAUUUCUCUCUUCUAUUUUUUUUUUUUUUUUUUUUUUUUUAAAAAAAAAAGAGAAAUCUAACAAAUUUUUAUGGAAGAAACAUUAGUCCUUGUAGUAGGGGCGGGACCAGCAGGACUUGGCAUUGCUGCAUGCUUAACCAAAAAAUCUAUCCCAUACAUUCUUCUUGAAAAAGAAGAUUGUUGUGCUUCUCUUUGGAAGAAACGUGCAUAUGAUCGAUGCCACCUUCAUUUAGCAAAAGAAUUUUGCUCAUUACCCUUUAAGCCUCAUGCACCACAAGCUAAUAAAUACAUGGGCAAGGAUGAUUUCAUUGAAUACAUUGAUGAUUAUGUUUUAGACUUCGAUAUUAGACCGCGCUACUAUCACUCAGUUGAAUCUGCAUCAUUUGACGAAGCUACGGGCAAGUGGCUAGUUAAAGCCAGGGAUAUCUUAGUAAAGGCAACUAAAGUCUUUGUCGCUAGUUUUCUGGUUGUUGCAACAGGUGAAAAUGGCAAGAGUUACAUACCUGAUAUCUCUGGAUUGAAAGAUUAUAAGGGAGAUGUCAUGCACUCUAGUGAAUAUAAGUGUGGUCGUGAGUUUCAAGAUAAGGAUGUUUUGGUCGUUGGAUGUGGUAAUUCUGGGAUGGAAAUAAGUUAUGAUUUAUGCAAUUCAGGAGCCAAAACUUCAAUUGUUAUUAGAAAUCCGGUUCAUGUAGUUGCAAGGGAAAUGAUCUUUGUUGGAAUGCAUUUGCUAAAAUACAUCCCCGUAUCAACGGUGGAUGCUAUAGUCACUUUUGCUAGCAAGUUGAAGUAUGGAAACUUGUCCAAUUAUGAAAUUCAUCGACCAAAUGAAGGUCCCUUUUUUCUGAAGGCAACCAAAGGAAGGAGCCCAGUUCUUGACGUGGGAACUGUUGCUAAAAUUCAAUCUGGUGACAUUAAGGUUUUACAAGGAAUUUCGAGGAUUAAUAAGACCAAAGUCAUAUUUGAAGAUGAUGUUGAAUUAGCCUUUGACGCAAUAAUAUUUGCAACUGGAUUUAAAAGCACAGCAUGUGAUUGGUUAAAGGAUUAUGAUUAUAUACUGAAUAAUAAUGGAUUUCCAAAGAAUCGUUUCCCCAAUCACUGGAAAGGAAAAAAUAAGUUGUAUUGUGCUGGAUUAUCAAGAAUGGGAAUACAAGGUGCAUCAAAGGAUGCCAUAGUGAUUACCAAUGAUAUUGAGAUGGUUGUGAGAGCUAUGAUUGCCCCCUAA